UGAAAAUGCUGACGGUGACACCCUCUGUCACUAUGAAACGAUACUCCAUUAAAGGGCCAGUCAAUGAGCUCGGCGUCGAUUACAGACCAACAAAGCUUCCUUAGGUUCAGAAAUGUGGCGAAGUUGCUCUAGCAACAGUAGCGCCGGUCUCACACGCGAGCUCAAGGAAAAGAAAUGGGACGCACUGGUGAUUGGCGGCUGCCACAACGGUUUGACGGCCGCCGCUUAUCUGGCUCGGGGCGGCCUCUCCGUUGCCGUUCUCGAGCAGCGCCACAUUGUUGGCGGAGCGGCCGUCACCGAGGAGCUCAUUCCCGGCUUUAAGUUCUCCCGCUGCAGCUACCUCCAAAGUCUCCUCCGCCCUUCCGUUGUUAGGGAACUGGCGCUGAAGAGGCAUGGAUUAAAGUUGUUGAAGCCAACUGCUUCGUCGUUUACGCUGUGUUUGGACGGGAGCUAUCUCCUUUUGGGGUCAAACAAGGAACGUGACUACUUGGAGUUAUCAAAAUUCUCCAAGCGCGAUGCAGAAUCUUAUCCACGCUACCUAUCUCUGCUUUUACACAAAUUCUGUAAAUUGAUGGAUUUUCUUUUAGAUCACAGUCCUAAAACUCUACGUGAAAGUUCGUCUGUAAAACAUCUGUUGAGAGAUAAGUUGCAGAAAUCAGUAUUUUGGGCUCAAUGUCUACAGCAUAUCCUCGCCUUGGGACAAAAAGAUUUGGUGGAAUUCAUGGAUUUUCUUUUGUCCCCAACGUCAAAGAUUCUGAAUAGUGAAUUUUUCCUAACUGAUGUCCUGAAGGCAACCCUAGCAGCAGAUGCUAUUAUUGGGAGUAUGGCAAGUAUUCAUACACCUGGGAGUGGCUAUGUGUUGCUACAUCAUGUAGUGGGUGAAAUAGACGGUGAACGCAAUAUUUGGAUGCAUGUUGAAGGUGGCAUGGGUUCAGUAUCCCAGGCCAUAACUAGUGCUGCUAUGGAAGCUGGGGCAUACAUUCUAACAAACAUCGAGGUUUCAAAAAUUAUGACUGAAGACACCGGCAUUGUAAAUGGGGUAUUACUGGCUGAUGGAACAAGACUCAAUGCUUCAGUUGUUUUGUCAAAUGCAACUCCUUACAAGACUUUCAUGGACUUGAUGCCUCAAGAUGUCCUACCUGUUGAUUUUGUUUGUGCAAUCAAGUACUCAGAUUAUACAUCUGGAACUACAAAAAUUAAUGUUGCUGUGGACAACUUGCCUCAAUUCCAAUGCUUAAAGUCGAGUCACGAAGAGGUGGGCCUUCAGCAUACAGCUGUUAUUCGCAUUGCUUGUGAAAGCAUUGAGGAGAUUGGCUCAGCUUGUCGAGAUGCUUGGAAUGGCUUGCCGUCAAGAAGGCCUAUUAUGGAGACGACAAUUCCUUCUUCAAUGGAUAAAACUAUUUCUCCUCAUGGUAAGCAUGUUGUUAGCUUAUUCACACAAUACACACCCUAUAAACCCUCAGAUGGUAGCUGGGAAGAUCCUCCAUACAAAGAAUCUUAUGCGCGGAGAUGUUUCAAUUUGAUUGAUGAAUAUGCCCCUGGCUUCAGCUCAUCGGUCAUUGGCUUUGACAUACUAACACCACCAGAUCUCGAAAGGGAAUUUGGUUUAACAGGCAGUUUAUUCCAUCCAUGGUCAAGACCUCUAUAUUAUUACAUCCAUGAGUGACAACAUAGAUGUUUUUGUAUCUUUUAGUAACAAAACUAUUUCAGCAUAAGGAAAUAUAAAAUGAACUUGAGAUAGAAUAGUAAUAACAAUUGUGAACAAACAUAUUUUUGGCUGCUAAUAUUGAAUUUGCUACCUUUCUAUUUAUGCAAUAGGGGGUAAUAUUUUCAUGGUGCCAUGGGUUUAGACUCACUUUUCUUGAUGCCCCCUAUCAAAGGAUGGUAAUUUCUAACAUCUGAAACUCAAAGUACUAUUGACUAGGAUGAUCUGGGGUAAAAAUCAAGAUUCAAUUAAAGCUUCCUCUGUAUCUUUUAGCCCUUGUAACACUGAAAUCUGGUUUUAUUUUAAUAUACAGGUCAGAUAAUCGGACACCAGUAAGAGGUUUGUACAUGUGUGGGAGCGGAACACAUCCCGGAGGUGGAGUGAUGGGUGCACCUGGUAGGAAUGCUGCCCGUAUUGUCCUUAAAGAUUUCAAAAAACAUUCUGGUUGAGGAAUUUUUUCAGGCCAGUUCUGGAAAUUGCUAAUAUUAAGUGCCUGUUUCGUC